AUGGAAUCACACAUUGAAAAGAGGGUGGCUAUUGUCGCUGGCGCUACUUCCGGAAUAGGAGCCGAUCUCGCCAGAGACCUCUGCCAAAAAGGCUGGCAUGUCGCAUGCGUAGGUCGGCGUCAACAAGCCGGGGAGGCCCUACUUGAAACCCUCCCACGAGACAGAGCCCACUUCUUUACCGCAGAUGUCUCCAUUUACGAUGAAUAUGCGAGUGUUUUCCGUCAAACGCGCCAGAUCUGGGGGCGCAUUGAUGCAUUGGUGCACAAUGCCGGCAUUGUGGAUACAUCCUCAGUAUACCUUUAUGAUUCGAGGGAAAGCACUGUCGACGAUGUUCCCCCGUGUCCUGAUCUGUCUCUUGUAGAUGUCAACUACAAGGGUGUUGUGUAUGGCACUCAGCUGGCUGUGCAUUUCAUGCGCCAUAACCCCCAGCCAGGAGGCAAGGUCGUGGUGACGGGGUCGAUCGGUGGUGUAUUCCCGCAUUCCUCUUAUCCGGUAUACUGCGGCACCAAAGCUGCCGUGAAUCACUUCAUCCGUGGCGUGGCUCCUCUCCUGAAACAGAAGGAAAACAUUUUCAUCAACUGUGUCAUGCCGGGUAUGGUCGACACUCCUAUUGUGCCACCUGAGAUGACUGCAGCAGUGACCCCUGAAUGCCUAACGCCCAUGCAGACGAUCCUCGAUGGAUUUGAGACGUUCUUGAACGAUUCGACGGGGAUGGCGGGUGAGCUGUUGGAAGGUUCGGCCAACAAAUUGAUCUUCUACCACUUGCCCAAGCCUGGUAACGGUCAUAUCACCCUGCGGGCCACCACUGUCUGGGAGCCAUUGUUUCGGGCAAUGCACGGGGAAGACUCUCAGCUCCCGGGGGCGAUUGCAUGA